UUAGUGUUGUAUUCGACUCUUCUUUUACACGACAAAGUUAAAAUUUUUGUUUUCUUCUGAUUGGUAAUUUACUCUCUAGUCACUCUUAUCCCAGUACCCUCUAUUUCGUUUUGCUGCUGUGGUUCUCUCUGACCUUUUCUUGGAUGUCCUGAGAAGAAGAUGAGGUUUUUACUAUGGUGCUGGUUGUGGGGAUGGUUAAUGGUGGGAGAAAGAGUAAUGGGGUCAACCGAUAAGAGUUCAGAUGAAAGAAAUCUUGACAAGACACCUACAUGGGCGGUGGCCGGAGUUUGUGCUGUCAUCAUCAUCAUUUCUAUUCUGUUGGAGAUGGUUCUUCACAAACUGGGAACGUGGUUCACAGAAAGGCACAAGAGAGCUCUGUUCGAAGCCUUGGACAAGGUUAAAGCUGAGCUGAUGGUUCUUGGCUUCAUUUCGCUGAUCCUCACUUUUAGCCAGAUCUACAUUGCCAAAAUAUGUAUCCCUACAAACCUUGCGAAUACCAUGUUGCCUUGCAAAGCUGAUGGUAAGCAGGACACCAGUGAGAGCAGUGAAGAAGAACACCGUCGAAGACUCUUGUCGUUCGAGCAUCGAAUUUUGUCAGGUGGUGCUGAGCCAAAUGUUAGAAAAUGCAAGGAGGAUCAUGUACCGCUUAUAUCCACUGAAGGAUUGCAUGAGCUACACAUCCUCAUAUUCUUUUUGGCAGUCUUUCAUGUUUUGUAUAGCUUUGUUACUAUGAUGCUUGGGAGACUAAAGAUCCGUGGCUGGAAGGUAUGGGAGCAGGAAACUUCGACACAUGACUAUGAGUUUUCCAAUGAUCCUUCCAGAUUCAGGCUUACUCACGAGACAUCUUUCGUGAAAGCCCACACCAGCUUUUGGACUAGGAUACCCUUCUUCUUUUACAUUGGAUGCUUCUUUCGACAGUUUUUUAGGUCUGUUGGGAGGGCAGACUACUUGACAUUACGGAAUGGAUUCAUCGCUGUUCAUUUAGCUCCCGGAAGUAAGUUUAACUUCCAAAAAUAUAUCAAAAGAUCCUUAGAGGAUGACUUCAAGAUUGUUGUAGGAGUAAGUCCAGUGCUGUGGGCAUCUUUUGUGAUCUUCUUGCUGAUAAAUGUCAGAGGGUGGCAAGCUUUAUUUUGGGGUUCCGUAAUUCCUGUCAUUAUUAUCUUAGCUAUCGGGACGAAGCUUCAAGCAAUCCUGACAAAGAUGGCUCUUGAAAUUACAGAACGGCAUGCUGUUGUGCAAGGAAUACCUCUCGUACAGGGUUCUGACAAAUAUUUUUGGUUCGGUCGACCGGAAUUAAUUCUUCAUCUGAUUCAUUUUGCAUUGUUCCAGAAUGCAUUUCAAAUAAUUUAUUUCUUGUGGAUAUGGUACUCAUUUGAGCUGAAAUCUUGCUUUCAUGCUAGUAUCAAGCUUGCCAUAAUAAAGGUUUCUUUGGGGGUCGGUGUUUUAUGUUUGUGCAGCUACAUCACCCUUCCGCUAUACGCCCUAGUAACUCAAAUGGGUUCCGGCAUGAAAAAGUCCAUCUUUGAUGAGCAAACAACCAAGGCGCUUAAGAGGUGGCAUUUGGCUGCAAAAAACAGGCAUCGGAAGGGAGGAAAGUCUCCCACUAGAAUCACCCUGGGUGGAAAUGCAAGCACAGUUUCUCCUGCACCUGCUUCGGGACGCACACUUCAUCGAAGCAAAACUACUGGUCACUAUUCGUACGCCUAUGAAGAUCCCCCUUCUGAUGUUGAAGCUGAACCAUUGUCACCCAUGUCGCCUUCCAAUUUGAUUAUGAGUGCAGACUACGACGAGCAAAGAACUGAAACAAGUGAAUCUCAGCAUAGAGAAGUGAAAAUGAAGAUUUCUCCUUUGUCAAGCCUGCUCCAUUGAGAUAAGGACCAUGAACGAAGUGGGGUAGCAUUCAGAUGCCGAGUGUGGCAAAGACUUCUAAAAUAAUU